AUGUUACCACCAACGCUUUACGGAACAUACGAAAGAAUCCUUGAUGGAGUGAAUCGAAGCGGUCAUGGUGUACAAGAGAUGGUCCAGACCACCUUGAACUGGGUUGUCUCAAGUGAAGGUGGAACCUUGUCCCUCGAUGAACUUUGCGAGGCCAUUUCAAUACGACCAGGAGAUAGGAGUCUUGACAAAGAGGCUUUUUAUGAUGAAGAGACGAUUCUUUCUCACUGCAGCAGUCUAGUUCAAGUCAAUCACAAGCUCGAAGGAUUUGAGCUGUCUCAUUUCACCGUCAAAGAGUUUCUCACCUCCAUCGAUCCCAACUCGCCCUAUAGUCAGUACUCUCAGAAUGAAACUAAAGUUCACGCAUCACUAGCAAAGACAUGUCUCGCGUAUAUCAUGUUGGAUCCUUUUCAAUCUGAUGUUAUAGAAGAUUUCGAUGAAUGGCGCCUCCAACAAGUCGAACACCCAUUCAGAAUGCACGCUGUUCGUUACUGGUUCACAUAUGCGAAGAGCAAUUGUACGGAUGAAAAAAUGCUUGCACUGGUACAGGAGCUCUUCGACUCGUCAAAGACUUUAUGUUUCCUAUCUUGGGCUCGAGACGAUCUUUUUAUACAUAGCUCCGCCUUUGCAAAACGCGAAGCCGAUCGACGUAGGAUUUUUUAUUUAGCCACAGAAUAUGUGCUUACUGGAGGGGUAGAACCACUUCAUAUUGCGGCUGCGAUGGGCGCAUAUGAGUUGUGCCAGUGGCUUUUAUCGUCUGACUGCCAGAUCAACCGAUCAAGCGACCUCUGUACGCCGCUGCACUGUGCACUAAUGGUACGUCAACUUCUAUUAUGCCUUUUCCCUUAUGUGCUCGUCUGAAUCUCCGUAAAACUACUCAAUGUAAUGAUCUAGAUGAGUGCAAUAGUGUGUUCCUUCUUUUUUCUAGUCUUGAAAUCUGUCUGAAUCAGGUUCACUGACUUGAAUUCUUACCAUUCAGGGAAUCGAUAUAUUGUCAGAAUUCUUUGUAGAUUCAGAAUGGUUCACGAUGCAUUCUAAAGGGCACUAUAAGCUCUAUACAAGAAUAAAUACUUUGCGGCUACUUGUGGAUGAAGGCGCCGAUUUCAACAAGCCCUAUAAGGACUCGCAUGGCCAAGAAUUUUCAUAUGUCAAGCUUGCUCUUCACACAAGAACGACUGAUGGCUCCAACCAUCCAUUAACAUUACUUAUUGAAGCGGGUCCGAAGCUUGACAAGGAUCUUUUGAUCGUUUUCGAGCAGCUCGUGGAGGAUGACAAUCACGCUUUCAGUGACGACAAAGAUGCAUAUCAGAAGUUUAUUGAAACACUUGUCAAAAAGUUUGAGCAAAACACACAAGACGAUGAAGUCAAACAUGCACUUCUGGAUAUCGCUUUACAGUUCAAGACCUUCUCUGGCUUGCCUCAAAUUGGGCUGGGAAAUGGCAGCUUCCUUAGGCUUCCACAAGAGGAUCUGCAAGCAAAGUUUCUCUGCGCUAUCCGGUUUGAUCAGACUAGCAUGAUGGAAUUACUGUUGCGCGAAUCUUCAUUAAAGUCUUCGUUUACACACGGAUACCUCGAGAAUACGCCACUUCACAACGCUGUUUAUUGUGGGUCUUCAAAUGCGACUAAGCUUUUAAUCUCCCUGGGCGCGAAAGUGAACGCUGCUGAUAACCAAGGAGACACACCUUUACAUGUGGCAGCAAACCGCGAUGGUAGGUAUAACGAGUGUGUAUCUGCUCUCCUUGAUAAUGGUUCAAAUCUCACUGUUGUUAACAAACGUGGACAUACACCUUGGCAUGUUGCUGCUAAGUAUGGUAGCAAAGCUACACUUGUGCUGUUUAUGAGUCGAGAUGAGCAGCUGGAUCAAUCUUUAGCGACUCGCGAAGAGGAGGGAUUCAUCCCCUUAUUCUACGUGGCGAAGCACCAAAGCAUAGGUGAGCCAAGCUUCCUUCUUUUUUCCUCGAGUUAUAUAUGA